AUGGCGACUCGCUACCUCAACUUUGUGAAGUUGGCUAAACUUUCUAAGAGGAUUUCAUUCUCCACUAAGCAAUGUAUAACACAUCCAGUGUCUUCAAUGUUCUUUAAAACAUCAUUUACAACACGAAUGAUCAGUUUGGGACCUCGAAAGCUUACAUUUGGUAAGAAAACCGAUUUGGAAGUUAUGAUGAAAGAAAUUAAACUUGCACGACAUAAAAACUUUGUCGAAGAUUUCCCGACUACUUUUUGCGCGGAACUUUUGGGCAAUCGUUGUGACGACAUAGAUUAUAAGAUGGUACGGAAGAAGCAACCAUUCUUUUUGCAUUAUCGUGUAGAGCUUUUGAAACAACGCGUUCAUUUUAUGGAUGAAACAGGGUGGGAACAUGUUCAAAAAAGGAAAUCCAUUGAACGUCAACCACCCGUCCUAAUGUUAUGUUUUGCUGACGAGGGGUUUGUGGCGUAUUAUGUACGUGGUUUAAUUCCUUGUGGAGAAGCUUCAGAUGGAUCUACAAAACUUGUUUAUUUCCUGUAUAAAUGUCAACCUAAACUUAGGAGUCACGUGUUUAAAAUUGAAGAGAAUUUAAAUUUUGUGUGUGAACACUUGGGUACUACAAAUGAACGUGCUUUGAAAAUAGCCAUAAAUAUGCCAUGCUUUUUGUUAUGGAAUGUUGAAAAAGCAAAGGAAGAAUUUCGAAUCAUGCAUCGAGAUUAUGGUUUGCCUUCUGGUUACAAUCUUGACUACCAUACAGCAUCAGUAUUUCCUCCAAUGCUACAAAAAUCAUCUAUAGUGAAUUAUGGAUUAUUGACAAAUCAAACAAAUCAUGAACUUGUGAAAGAACUCAAUUUCUUUUCUUUCUCUGAUGUGUUAGAAAAAAGUUUCUAUUUGCCUAAACCUAAGCCUGAAGAUUUAUCCAACUUCCUUAUCUAUGCUUCAAGAUGUGAGGGUGUCAAUGAGAAUGCUGACCAGACUGACAAAUGAUGAUGUCCUACAAUGAAAUGCUUUUAUCUCUGAUGUUGUUGUGAAAAUGUCGAAGGUCGAUGCUACAAAUGUGUGGUUUGUUUCCUUGAUUGUCACUUUACAAAAUAAUUUUUUAUUAUACUUCAAGCAUCUGUUAUCGUAAAUGUACAAAAUUUUUCAUCUGUUUCCAACACACUCACUGGUUGAGUGUGUACCAUGAGGUAAGAGCAAAGUAAGGUUGGAUAAUAGUGUACACAAGGUGUACAAAUGGCACUUCUAUUGUUUGUUUUUCGAGAAUGGAAUGUGACACAUAUAUAUUUUCAGAAAGAAAUCACAAAGAAAAAAUUGCAAAAAUUUUGCACUAAAAAACUAAGUCUUUUGAUCAAAUUCUUUUAUGACAUCCUGAAGGAAGUCAUUUUUUAAUAGUCAGGAAACAGGGGGAACAAAGUUCACAGAUUUGUGAACUUUUUGCUUUCUUCAUGAACAUUUCAUGAACAUUAAAAGUUUGUGAACUUUUUGUAAACUUUUCAAAAUUUUAUGAAUUUUUGUAUUUUCAUCAUAUUUUUUAAAGAAAGUAGAUAAAUCAUAGGUCAAUGAAA